GCUUUGUCUGAGCGCGCUCAGUCCCUCUUUUUCUUUCCUUCAUUGCAGCCGUUGCGGGCAUCUAGCCAACUUUUUGCCUGGACCUCUGUUAUUUCAUUUCUCCAGUCUCAGACCGAAGCCCUCGGGGUAUGUAACAGCCAUGCCUGUGGAUACGCUGAGCCCCGGAGCCCCCGCCGCCCCCGCCCUACCUUUCCGCCUGCGCACCAAGGUCCCGGGCUACCUGCUACGGAGGCCAGCGGACGGUGGAGCCCGGAAACUGAGUGCUGUGGAGCGCCUGGAGGCCGACAAGGCCAAAUACGUCAAGAGCAUACAUGUGGCUAACACCCGCCAGGAACCUGUACAGCCCCUGCUGUCCAAACAGCCACUCUUUAGCCCUGGGACUCGCCGCACAGUGCUCACACCCAGCCGUCGAGCUCUGCCUGGCCCUGGCCGCCGGCCCCAACUGGACCUGGACAUUCUUAGCAGCCUCAUCAACUUGUGUGAUAGUCCCGUGUCCCCUGCUGAGGUCAGCCGUACUCCCGGGCCUGCAGAGGGAAUCCGCCAGGCCCCGCCAGCCACUCCUCCACGCCCACCGCCCAGUACUGCUGCAGUGCGCCGAGUGGACGUCCGCCCCUUGCCAGCCUCACCUACCCGGCCCUGCCCGUCACCGAGCGCUGCCGCCACCUCUAGCCCAGCUCGGCCACCGGGUUUGCAACGCUCCAAGUCAGACUUGAGUGAGCGCUUCUCUAGGGCGGCCGCUGACCUAGAGCGCUUUUUUAACUUCUGCGGCCUGGACCCGGAGGAGGCACGGGGAUUGGGUGUGGCUCACCUGGCACGGGCCAGUUCGGACAUCGUGUCCCUGGCCGGGCCCAGUGCGGGGCCGGGCAGCUCUGAUGGAGGCUGUUCCCGCCGCAGCUCGGCUACUGUUGAGGAGAGGGCCCGGGAACGCGUGCCCUACGGAGUCUCGGUGGUAGAGCGAAAUGCCCGCGUGAUUAAGUGGCUGUAUGGGUUAAGGCAGGCACGGGAGAUCCCAGCCUCAGAGGGCUAGGCCUCCAUUGGACUUGGAAUUUGCCACAGGACCGAUCUUAGGAGGCACUUGGCCUCUGUCCUCUUUUGCAUCCAUUCCCUGGAUCUGAACAGAGCAGAUGCUAGUCCCUUUGUGAACUUGGUAUAGAGACAAAGGCUUAGACAGAAGCUGGAUGGCCCCACGUCCUCUGGCAAGGACUGACCCUGGAGAGAGUUGCUCUUGAUUUGGGAUGCCACCCCCAUCCCCACUUACAGGGUUUUUGACAUGAGUUAACCCCUGCUUGGCUCCUCUUUUGGGGCUGCAUUUAGGGUGUUUCACUCCCCACCCCUCACUGAGAGUGAGGAGCCAAGAAAUCUUACCAAGCCUGUCUCAACAGUGCUUCUGUUUCCUCUUUCCUUCCUUAGCCUCUGUCCUUUGCUGACUUCCUCUUUCUUACCCAAUGGGUCCUGGUUCCCAGGAAUAUACGCUGGAGAGGAGGCAGGGAGGAGGGGGCUUAUCUACUGUUUUUCUGAGUCCUUGGCAGUGGGCCUAGGUAGGUAGACUAUAGGAGGGCCUGGUUGGGAGUCUCCAUUGCUCUGACUUCCCUUCCCUUGGUUAAUAAACACCAAUGCUUGUCAUUCAA